AUGACUGGUACAAAUACUAUUUCUAAUUCAGAAGAAACAAAAGUCCAAAAGCACAAAAAUGCCAAGGCAAAUCAUGGCCCUGCUCAAAUUGACUCUUCCUUGGAUAACCCAAGAAGAGAUUGCAGUGACAAUGCCCCAGCCAUUCCUGUAAAAAAUACAGAUAAAAAAUCUGACACCCGGAGAAAGCGAAAGCGGAAGAGAGAAAGAAACCACAAAUGUCCAGAUUGCGGGAAGCUGUUUUUAUUCAAUGCACACCUGGUGGUGCAUUAUCGAUCUCACACAGGAGAGAGGCCAUUCCCAUGUCUUGAAUGUGGCAAAAGCUUUGCCUGUAAGACCAGGCUUUCAGCACAUCAAGUUUUCCAUUCCAAAGAGAAGCCGUAUUCGUGCUCCGAGUGCAAUAAAAGCUUUUAUAACAGCACUCAUCUCCAGGUUCACCUAAAAAUCCAUAAAAACGAACGACCUUAUGUAUGUGCCGAGUGUGGGAAGACAUUUAUCCACUCCUCAAACUAUACCAAACAUCUAGAGAUUCACAUGGGAGUGAAAAAUUAUUUGUGCUCUUACUGCGGGAAAAGUUUUCGGCAAAGUAGCCACCUCCGUUCUCAUCGGCGUAUCCAUACGGGCCACAAAUUGCUGUCUUGUCCCGAAUGUGGGAGAUGCUUUAUAAAUAAAACCCAUCUUUCUAUCCACCAACGGACUCACUCAGGAGAAAAACCAUUUGCAUGCACAAAUUGUGGCCAACGUUUUACCAGUGAGGAACUGCUAGCCGCACAUCAGGAGUGUCACCUAGGCGAAAAGCAUUUUUCAUGUUUGCAGUGUGGCCUAGGUUUCAAAACUCAACUGGAGCUUGAAACACAUCAGAAAAGUCACUUAAUAAAGGCGUUUUUAUGCGGUGAUUGCGGACGUCGUUUCGCCCUUGAGGAACACCUAGCCAUGCAUCAGAAAAGGCACCACGAUGAUGAACUAUUUUCAUGCGAAAAGUGUGGUCGCUGUUUCACCAGCAAGACACUCCUAGCUGCACAUCAGAAGCAGCACCUCGGCGAAAAAGGGUUUCUGUGUUCGAGGUGCAGUAAAGGCUUCAAAACCGAACAUGAUCUCAAAAUGCAUCAGAAAAAUCACCCGGAAGCAAAGCCAUUUUUAUGCGGUGAUUGUGGUCGGCGGUUUGCUAGUGAGGCGCUCUUAUCUGCACAUCAGGAGCGGCAUGUCAGCAAAAAGCGCUAUUUGUGUUUGGACUGCGGGCGCGGAUUUAACGAGAAGUCGAAUUUCGAAAAGCACCGUAGAGUUCACACAGGCGAGAGGCCUUAUUCUUGCUCGGAAUGCGACAAGACCUUCUCCGUCAAAUCCAACAUGAUCCGCCACUGUAAAAUUCACACUGGCGAGCGCCCUUUUAAGUGUCUGGAGUGCGGGAAAAGCUUCAGGAUCAAGUCUAAUUUCAUCAUCCACCAAAAAAUUCACACUGGGGAACGAGAAUAUUGCUGUCCUCAGUGCCAAAAAACUUUUCGGGACAAGUCAAACUAUCAGAGACACAAGAAGAGCCACUCGGCAGGCAAGCGGUUUACGUGCACCGAAUGCGGAAAGAGUUUUUUCAGCCCCACUCAGCUGACGAUACACGCAAGGACCCAUUCGCGGCAAAAAUUUGAGUGUGCUCACUGCGGGAAGAAUUUUAAAAAUAACUGGCGUUUAAACAAGCAUUCAAAAACUCACAGGCUGGGUAUUUUAUCAAAAGGAGAAAAGGUGCCGGUGUAA